AUAAUUUUAUGGUUGGGGGUCACCACAACAUGAGGAACUGUAUUAAAGGGUCGCGGCAUUAGGAAGGUUGAGAACCACUGUGUUGUCCCCGUAAGCAUCCACAGCCCUUCGCCUUGGGCCCAGGCGGUGAGGCGUGACGUCUACUGCGCAUGCGAGCCGAGCUCCACGACGGCCCCGCCCCUGGUCCGCCUGGGCCAACCCCGCCCCGCCCUCUGGGGCGGAGCUAAGCACGCCUUCCGCCGGAAGUCCGGGCUCCAGCGGGAAACCGUACCCAGCAGCUCCCUCCUCCGGUGCCCGGUCGCUUCCGUGUCUUCUGCGCCCCAGUUUAGAUUUUCACGCCCAACUCUUCCACAGUCCUGAUCACACCACAUCCCAGUGCCAGGUGCAAAUCACUGCCCAGCCCGAAGCUAGGAGAGGAGCCUGUGUCCCGUCCGGGCCCGCCCUCGCCCGGGGAGGUCCCGCCCGCCUCUCCGGCCUCAUCGGCCGCACUCUCCUGCUGUCCCCCGUGCACCCUCCGCCACCCCGGUCAUGGCGCAGAAGCCGAAGGUAGACCCCCACGUCGGACGGCUGGGAUACCUGCAGGCGCUGGUCACGGAAUUCCAGGAGACGGAGAGCCAAGGUGAGAGCGACGGAUGGGCGUCCGGGGACAGGGCGGGGAUCCGCCCGCGCCCCUCGCCCCGGACCUGGCUCCAGUGCCGCUUUUCCGCUGCAGACGCCAAGGAGCAAGUCCUGGCCAACCUCGCCAACUUCGCCUAUGACCCCAGCAACUACCAGUAUCUGCGACAGCUGCAGGUCCUGGAUCUCUUCCUCGAUUCGCUGUCGGAGGAGAACGAGACCCUGGUGGAGUUUGCUAUUGGGGACCCGGCUGCCGGAGCCAAUGCCGGAGUCCAUUGUGUCUUCUCCCCUGGUUCCCAUGGCACCUGGCCACCUCCAGCAUAUCCCUGGGAUGGUUCUGGUGGCAAGUCGCCCCUGGCCCAGGUUUUAAAUGGAACUAUCACCAGGAGAUGGUACUGCUCAAGGCGGCCUCUGCAACCUGUGCGCAGACAGGGCCAACAAGGAGCACAUCCUGCAGACGGGGGGCGUCCCGCUCAUCAUCAACUGCCUGUCCAGCCCCAAGGAGGAGACUGUGCUGUCCGCUGUCACCACCAUCAUGUACCUGAGCUCGCCAGGCCCCAGCUCCCACCCCGAGCUGACCGCCACACCCGUGGUCCAGUGCAUGCUGCGCUUCUCCCUCUCGGCCAACACGCGGCUCCGGAACCUGGCCCAGGUCUUCCUGGAAGACUUCUGUUCCCCGAGCCAGGUGGCCGAAGCCCGCCGCCGGCCGGCUCACUCUGCCCUGGGCAUCCCCCUGCCAAGGACCGAGGCCCCACAGCAGCCCUGACCCACGGCGACCUCAGGGCCGCGGUUCUCUUACUGUCGGAGACAAGACCGGAAUCCUGGUGGGGGCUGGGAACAGGAGCCGCUAGCCCCCCCGAGCACCUUCUCCCCAGCUGGUGCCUUUUCAGCCGUUUUAAAGGUGAGUUUCCUCAGCCUGCCAGGCACUGGCACAGGAUUCAGGUGCUAGGAGAGGAGUUGAGGAAGACGGACUUUGAGAUGUGGAGAAGGAAGUCAAAGGCAGCGCCUUCUUCCUAGGCUGUCCUCAACCAAGGGACGGCCCAGGGCCUGCCACUGACCCACCCACUGCCAGGCUCUCCCUCCUGUAAGAAGCAACCUGGGCCCAAGGUCCAGAGGCUUUUGCAGAAGGUGGUUCUCCUGAGAGCAGCGGGGCCUGGGGCUUCGGGAAGCUGCCCGCACUUGUGGGGGUAGCCUGAUCCCUUCACUGAGGGCCUGGGGUCAUUGUGAGGAACAGGAAUGAGAAGCCUUGUUGUUAACACUAUCUCAAGGCUCUGGGCACCGGGCAUAGUGGGUGUUGGCCCAGGAGUAACCAUUUAUCCACACAGGCCAUUUGCCAGGCUCAAUGGGAGGGCUUCCAGGAUGAAGACGUGGUCCCUGCUCCUGUGUGACGCAGCCCAAUGUCUGUUAACGUGACCAUCAUGCAUUAAGACCCAGGCCAUGAGGGUGGUGACAUCAGAACACAGGCACAAACCCUUGGAGCUGCGUCUUAUCCCCACCCCCCCAUGUCCUCGCCUGAAAGCCCUGCCAUCAGUGAGGGGGAGUCCUUGCCCCUGGAAAUGCGUCUCAGGAGGCUUUGGGGAUGCAGGUGGAGUGGUGCGCAGGGAGACAGGACCAGAUACUGACCGAAAGUGUGUGGCUCGUAGUCCAGUGUAUGCUGGUCAGCACAGGGAAGGGGUGUGGGGCACCCAUGGGAAGCUGGGGUUCAGGAGUGGUGGGGAGUCCUGGUCAUCUGUACUCCCUUAAGGUUGACCUCUCACAUGACCAAGGGAGGGCAGCUGCGAGAGGAAUGGCAUCCAGGGGGCAGGGAGGUGGGCCAGGUCCUGGGGCCUCUGGGGAGAGGGGGAAGGCCUCUCAGCCUUCAUUCCAACGGCAGCCCUCGGGCUCCUGCCCUUUCCUCUCCCAAAUAAAGAGCCUGAACAGA